AUGAUUUGGUCAAGCGCGACCAUCGAGAGUGUGGAAAAAAUGAUUGAAAAAAUGACAGACUUCGCAACACAGCGUGCAAUGUUCGAGCGCGUUUGGUCUAGAGGAACCCUCGUCUCAAAGUUUGAUUAUUUUAGAAAAGCUGGUACGACUAAGGACCUUAGUAUCGUAUGGGACGAAUUGAAUCGCUGGCUCGCAUUUGAACACAAAAGAACUUCACAGAAUGACUCGCCUAGUUUUAUUUCCCGCGCAUGGGCACAAGACCGACUAGAUCGUUCAGUUCGACAGCGUAAACAAUACUAUGGAAAGUCUGAUGAUCCUUCUUUGGCCUUGCCCGUAUUGUCAGGGGAGGAAAAUCUUUACCGAGAGACGAUUCUGCGUACCACAACAAAAAAGCUAGACUCUAUCUAUGGCUCACCUUUAACGGAACCGUUUGGUCCUCAUAACACAGUGUUGUUGGACGACAGCAUUCAUAAAGCUCGGUGUCAGCCAAACAACCACCUUUGUAUUCCAGAAUACGACAAACAACGAGCUUCAAAGUAUUCCAAUUAUUUGAACACAUUGCAGAAGGUCUAG